GAAUUCUAUCGCAGGCACCAACCAAAAGAAUCGUAUAUUUGAAAAUUGCGCGCGAUCUCUGAUCCUUGGAACAAACGGGUGCUCAUAAAAAAUUCAUGGCGUUUAAAACUGUAUGGCUACGCGGCAUAUCUUUAGGCUUCUACAGCGCACUGGGAAAUUUACAAACUUUGUUACAGACUGCUUAGUUUAUUCAAAUAUAUUAAACACAGAAGAUUAAAAGGUUUAGAGAAAGUUUGUUUAAAGAUGGUGUGAAAACUAGAGUUUUUUCGCCUGAUAUAAACACGUUGCGCAUUUUCUCUUUGAACAUAUGGUGUCAGACUCCCAAAUCAAGUUUUGUUUACGCAUCGGAAUCUUUGCUGAAUAAUGCCCGCUGGAAACCAUAAAGUUGGCCUAAAGUUUUUGUCCAAAAAUGGGAAGAGGAUGAUUAUGGAGCAGAUGUUUAUUUUAGGUCUAGUUUUGUCAUUAGUCAACAGUGGAAGCUGCUCGGGCCACAGAUUGCAGCCACAUAUCAUACUCGUUGUAUUGCGAGAUUUGGGCUGGGAUGAUGUCAGCUUUCAUGGGAACGCAGAAAUACCAACACCAAAUAUUGACAGAAUUGCAAAUCAUGGAGUGAUCCUUCAGGAUUAUUACGUCACACCAAGAUGCGAAGAUUCUGUAUCAGCCUUGAAAACUGGAAAGCAUCCAAUAAACUACAGGCCGGGACAGCAGUUUUCAUAUGAUAUGUGGAACUAUCUUGACAUCCAGCAAUACGUCAUACGAGAAGCAGGAAUGAUUGAUUGCAGCGAUACGCCGAUUCCAUUUUAUCCCUGGGAUGCAGUUCGAGAGGCAGAAUAUAUCCUUCGAGAUCACGAUCAGUAUUACCCAUUAUUUCUGCAAGUGAAUUUUCCUCAGAUGAGGGCUGAUUAUCCAGGCCAAGUGCCACCAGAAUACCUAGCACGUGCAGCGAAUAUCAUGAGUGAGCCGCGCCAGGUUUUUGCAGGGAUGGUCAUGGAGCUUGACAAAGCUGUUGGUCAUCUGGUGCGACUUUUAUACGACACAAAAAUUCUACACGAUGCCAUAGUAUUCUUUACUACAUUAACUGGUGCGACACAGAACAACAAUAUUUACACGUACCCGUCAAACUAUCCAUUAAAAGGAGGCAACGGAACAAUGUGGGAAGGAGGCUCAAGAGCUCUCGGAUUUGUAUACAGUAACAGGAUAACACAGAAAGCACGAGUUACACAUGGACUCGUCCACAUCACUGAUUGGCUGCCGACUUUCUUUUCAUUGGCUGGUGGCAACCCCCAGCAUAUCGUGGAAGGAGACGGCUUUGACGUGUGGAAUUUGAUUGACAGCGAAGCUCCCUCGCCAAGAAACGACAUUCUCUAUGGAAUUUACGGUGAUAGAGGGGCAGUACGAGUGGCAGACCAUAAAGUUAUUGUCAAGGAGAAAUCAGUCAUGUUCUACCUUCAGCGCAGAAACAAACAAGGCCCAAACGCCCCAACAACAGUUUGGGAUGCUGAGCUCCAAUGUUCUGUUACCAAUGUUUCGAUUGGAUGCUGGCCUGAGGUGGAGCCUUGCCUCUUUAAUGUACGGCAAGAUCCGUGCGAGAUGAACAAUCUAGCUUACUAUUAUCCAGAUUUAGUAAAAACAAUGCUAUACACCUUGAAUAAAUAUAACGACACAGCCAAAUACAAAAAUAGAAAACGGCGAAGUGUGACAGAGACAACGCUGUAUCAAGAAACAGUUGCACAUUUAGAUAAGAGUGUUAAAAAACGCGAGAGGAUGCGAAGGACCAGUAUUAAGCCUUGAAAUAGACUUUGACUUCCUGCGAAGGAGCAUCACCCAGAAUAGCGACUUUAUUUAUGGACAUCUUUUUUAGACAUAGCUUGAUUCCUUUUUAUUGUAAUUAUAUUUGGAUUAAUUAUAAAGCUGAGUCUAUUAGAGCAAUAUCCCAUUCAGAAAUGACGUAAUGACAAAGGGGUAAAAAGGGGGAUCUUCCCUUUCGUGGACCCUGACUGUGAACGAAGAGUUAGGGGUAGGGGUGUAUUGCUACAAGAAGAGCGUGGAAUGGUGAGGGGACAUGAUUCUCGCACAAAUUUAAGAGAAAAGAAAUAUCAAGUGAGAGAAGGCCAAAUCCAUUUGCAGAAAUUUUCGAAACUCGCUUUAAGAGCAGUAUAGCACCAAUGCAAACACAAUUAGUUCGGACAAACAGGUAAUAUAAUUGCCAUGAUAAAGAAAUUCCAAAUAUCUUCGAGGUUGGGGACAUACUAGAUAAAGGCGAGUUAAACAAUGACAAUGCUCCCUAAGGUAGUGAUGCUUGUUGCAAUUAGCGGUUUUUAUAUAACAAAAUGACCAGGUCGCAAUAUCCUUCACACUAAAGGUUAGGAUGCUAAUCUCAACUUUAGCUAUUUUUAUUAAAAUUGCAUUUAUGUCUUACAUUUAUGAAUGACAACUUGUUGUAUUAAAGUAAUCUUCCAUUGAAGAA